UCUUUGUAAUAUCUUAGUCUGGUUUUAUAUAAUACAUAUAAGUACAUAUCUAAUUUAUUUCUAUCAAAUACUUUUCCCUGUAUCACUGUUUGUGUCGAACGAGUUUUUAAUUAUUUUCAGUGAAUUAAAAAUCAAAUAAACAUGUCCACCGCUGUGCCACUGAUUGUAAGAGUUCUAGCUUCCUCAGUGUCCGUAGCGGGCAAAGCUGGGAAAAUAGUGAGAGAUGUAAUGAGCAAGGGAGAGCUUGGUAUUGUGGAAAAGGGCAAAGAUGAUUAUCAGACUGAGGCAGAUAGGUCUGCGCAGAGGUGCAUCAUAGCAUCUCUCUCUGCUCAGUAUCCUAAAGUUAAUAUUAUUGGUGAAGAAGAUAAUCCAGACAAUGAAGGUGAUAUAUCAAGUGAAUGGCUUGCUGUAGAUGCAGAUAAGGAAAUCUUAUCUAUUGAGUGCCCUUCAUUUCUAAAAGGUGUGAAAGAGGAGGAUAUUGUAAUUUGGGUUGAUCCUCUUGAUGGAACAUCUGAAUAUACUCAAGGUGCCCUUAUGUUGAAGAGAGAUCCAUGGGAAAGAUGGAAAAUGUAUUUGUCUCACCCACUAAUAAGUAUCAAGUGGUAUUUAAGUUUGCUACAGUCACACUAUGGUUUUCUUGAACAUGUAACAGUUUUAAUUGGAAUAUCCGUUAAUGAAAAACCAGUUGCCGGUGUCAUACAUCAGCCCUAUUUCAAAUCUUUGAUUGAUGGGGAGAAAAAGAUUGGCAGAACAAUUUGGGGUCUGCAGGAGGUUGGUGUAGGUGGCUAUACUGCAGCCCCACCACCAGAUUCCCUUGUGAUCACAACUACAAGGAGUCACUCCAACCCAAUAGUGGAAAAGGCAUUACAGGUGAUGAAUGCAUCACAAAUAUUAAGAGUUGGCGGUGCUGGGUAUAAGGUUUUGCAGUUAUUGGAAGGCGUAGCGUCAAUUUACGUGUUUGCUAGCCCUGGCUGUAAAAAAUGGGACACUUGUGCACCUGAAGCUAUUCUAAAUGCAGCUGGUGGGAAGCUGACAGAUAUUUUAGGCAAUUAUUAUAAAUAUGGAGCCUCAGUGACAAAGCCUAACAAAACAGGAGUGCUGGCUGCUGUCAAUAACGACCUCCAUACCUAUGCACUAAAUAGAAUACCUCAGGAGUUAAAAGAUAAACUAGCAAGUAGUAAAUAAAUAUAAAUAUUACUGCACAAAAUAUUAAUAAUAAAUUUUCAACUUAUGAAAUACAGUGCCUGCACAUUUUUUAAUAGUUAUUAACGAUGAACAAAUAUAUCAUAAUAUU